AGCGGCCGCUACUCUCCUCGUCCACACACCACAGCGCCUCCGGGAUGACUCGGCUGGGCGCCGCGAUGCUGCUGUUGGCAGCCCUGACGGCGGGUGUGGGCGCGGCCGGCAAGAUGCGCAUCCUCAACGCCUGGCGGACGCUCGACUUCGCCUUCCCGUCGGAGCUCACGCGCCAGGCCAUGAUACGCAACGGCUCCUACGUUCCAGGGAACUCCAUCCCUAUUGACGUGCAGCCUUGGCAGAGCGAGCGCGGCCUGUGGAGCAUGCUGGUGACGAUUCCGCGCUUCAAGAAGGGAGUGCCCGCCACGCUGGCCGUGGUGCCGCCCAAGGGCGACACCAGCACGCCGCUGCUGCCCUUCCCGGACUGGCGCUCCAACCUGCAGGGAAACUGCGACGGCUUCACCUCCGUCUUCAGGGUGCAGGUUGAUGCUUGCGGCCGAUUGUGGAUUCUGGACACCGGCUUCGUCGACAUUUUGACGAGCGACUUCAGGCGGAUAUGUCCGACCAAGGUGGUGGUGUUCAACAACCGCGGCGAGAAGACGCUGAGCUACGAGUACCCGCACGACGUGCUGACGGCCUCGUCGCUGCUGGUCACCAUUGCCGUGGAGUCGCGCGACGCGGCGUGCACCAGCAACUUCGCGUACGCCGCCGACGUGACGGGCUUCGGGCUGGUCGUGCUGGACGAGCAGCGGCGCCGGUCGUGGCGCGUCACGGCCAACUACUUCUUCCCGUACCCGCAGUGGGGCCACUUCGACCUCAACGGCGACUCGUUCGACCUGAUGGACGGCGUGCUGGGGCUGGCUCUGGGGCCGCCCGGGGCGGACGGCGACCGCCGCCUCUACUUCCACAGCAUGGCCUCCGACCGCGAGUCCGCCGUGGCCACGUCCGUGCUGCGCAACCACUCGCUCUUCGAGGACGGCGUCAACCACGCCAGCCAAGAGUUCCUCCUGCUGGGCGAGCCGCGGACCGGACAGACGGCGGCCGAGGCGAUGGACGUGGACGGCGUCAUGUUCUUCAGCGUGCUGCCGCGGAACACGCUCAACUGCUGGAACUCGCGCUCCAGCUACGGCGGCCGGAACAUCGUCGAGCUGGACCGCGACGCAGACAACCUGCAGUUCGCCAGCGGUGUCAAGGUCAUCCAGGACAGCAAGGGCCGCAGCCACCUCUGGGUGCUCACCUGCCGCUUCCAGAAGCACAUGACGGGCACCAUCGACAACUCGGAGAUCAACUACAGGAUCCUGGCGUCGCCGGUCGACGACCUGGUGCGCGGGACGAGCUGCGCGGUGCAGCGCCAGCAGGCUCCCCGGCCCCAGCAGCAGCAGCAGCAGCAGCAGUCGCAGCAGCGGCCGUCGUACGGCGGGCCCAGCGGCGGCUACUACGGUAGUGGAGGCCUGCUCUUCCAGUAGCGGGCAGCGCGCCAGCUGGCUACUCGUACAAACACUGACCGCCAUUCCCUCUGGCUGCGGCGCGACACCCGUACUCGCUGCGCCCACGGUGUCAGCCACAGGCGCUACCCGGUGAUUUCACUCACAGAAACCAGCCUCAAGCCCCGCAGAGUUUCCAAAGAAGCUGACGCAAGGACUUUCCGUGAAAGUUCGAAGCCCCACCUUCUCACUUCACCCCUUCAUUUACAUAAAACCACUACAUUUUCAGCGUGUAUGUUCGAGAUGGACCGGUGUUAUUAACUCGAAUGUCUGCCUUCUUUUAAAAACAGGGCAACAUUCAGAAAGAGAUUUCCCUAACACAGAGCGUAAAAGACGAAAGCGUCCCUAGAAUUUCACUACAGAUCACUACAUCGGUUUAUAGCACACUGCUUACUCAGUACCCAACUUGGAAGGAAUGUCUACCGACAAGCUUUAGGUGGUGUUUUCAGGGCUGUAUGCUGAAUGUUUUGAUACGAGAAGUCUAGCUUUUCUAAUGUUACUUUACCCUCUUUCUUUCCGAGGGUAUUUGUACGACAGUACUCAGUCCAGCGGCACGACGGACAGAAGAACUUCUCAUAUCAUGUAUCUAGAUGCCACACGGUGAAGAGUCGGUGAUGUGCAGUAUCUCAUCGCCACAAUAUGCAUCACUGCCCAUGGUAACUCCUAAACAUCUUCUCGGUGUCUCAUGAAGUGAGAGCACAUCACGCUACUGAUGGUGUAUACUGUUUACUCAUUACCAACUUGGAAGGAAUGUCUACCGACAAACUAUUAGUGGUGUUUUCAGGGCUGUAUGCUGAUUGUUUUGAUACGAAAAGUCUAGCUUUUCUAAUGUUAUUUUACCCUCUUUUCUUACAAGACGUUUGUGCCACAGCAUUCAGUUCAGCGGCACGAUGGACAGAAGAAGCUUUUAUAUCAAGUAUCUGGAUAGCAGAAGGUGAAGAGUAUGUGAUGUACAGUUUCUCAUCGCCAUAAUAUGCAUCACCGUCCAGGGUACAUUCUAAACGUCUCCUCGCUGUCUCAUGAACAGAGAGCACAUCACGCUACUGAUGGUGUAACGUCACAGAAUCAGGAUGUUAAGCUACGCUACCACCAUAGUCCAAUUCGAGAGCAGUAGGCUAUAUAUUUAUUUUUUUUAAUUCCAGUCGACGAUCACAAAAAAUAGUCGUCAGAUUAUCGGUUUUGGUCCAGAAUGACCAUCUUCAGACCUGAUGAGACUAGCAGAUUACCAUAUCACCAUAUUAUUCUGAUACGAUUAAGCCGAAGUGGCACGGUCAAAUGAUACAAGCAAAAUUAGCUUGGCAUCAUUGAAAAUACAAUAGUGUAGUGUAAACCACACUACACUGCCGGAAGAACCACAAUGUGAACGGAGCUGUUGUUCACAUCGUUUUAGGAUAUUACAAAGCUUCUCUGUUUUAAUCAGAUCUGAAGGCGGUCAAUAUGGACCGAAGUCCAUAGUCAGAUGACAAAUUUUUGUGAACGUCGAGUGGAAUGAAAAGAAUUCUGUACUUUCUCUAUCACUGGCUUUAUUCAGGCCUAUGUCGCACCUUGUGUGAUCAGUAUCUAUAUUCCGCUUCUACAUUCCUCCUCCUCGUUCUUCUCUUCAUCAUCGCCAUUGACAAUGCUAGAAGAUGCACUUGUACCAUUCAUCAGUACUCAAACGGCUAUUUAUAAGACAUACCACUCCAGACUUUAACGAAGAACAAGUGCCAUUCACUCGAAGAGGCAAACCUUUCUCGAGCAGAUGACUAAGACUGUCCAUCACGAUCUCUCUGCCGCAUUACUACUACACGACUUUACAUUUUGUCGAGUGGUUUCAUCAUAAGGCGUUGGGUAAAUAAUAUCUUUCUGGCUGCGACAACUGGAGUUCGACAUCAAAACAUAAAUCAACCGUUCAUUUAAGUUCUGACAACACAAACUUCAUGGACCUACAUACCGAUAACCAACCCUCACAAAAUAGAAAUUACGCGACAUUUGCAAAAGCUGCUAAAUAUGGCGCCCAUACUUCUCUUAGAAUGCCGUUCAGUAUCUGUCCUGUCAUUCUGUGGAUAUUUUUGUUACUGAUAUGAAAGAAAGUGUUGUCCAAUGUUCCAUCGGAUAAUAAUUGAUACGUGUAUAAGCUACCAGUGAUCCAAUCCAGUGUCUCUCUACCUGUUACAAAAUGUAACAAUAUAACAUUCAAAGUCCUUCGAAAAAAUAUAACAUGUAGUUUACGUACGGAAACAGUACUAUAAGUUGUUUCCACAACAUAUGUCACUGGUGUACUACACACCGAAAGUUAAAAGGGAAUGUUCAAAGAAAUCCCCACUGUCUAACAAACUUCCGUGGAUGCACGGUAGAUCAUAAACACUACUAUUGGAGAAUAUCCUUAUAUUGUUUCUGUAACUAAUCAAUAAGUAGUCAAACUUUUUUCUUGGAGGGUUGGUGUCAAGCUGCAGUACGUUUCAUACAACCGUAAUCAGCACCAAAGAGGUUUAUAUAUCUUCCAGUUUGUCUAUAAGCUUUUUCAACAGCAGUGAUUGGGUUUAGAAAUAAACCAAUCCGAGAUAUCCCAAACGUAGUAGUUAUUCUAAAUGGGUAGAGAGAUUUGUGUGAAGCCAAAAAUUACGUACUUUACCCCACCUAUAGACACAGAUUUUGUCCAUUCCUUCCAAUACUCCUCAUUGCAGAUAUGAGGUUUUUUUCAUUAUUUGCAUCUCGUGUACCAUGAAUUUUUAUAUAUCGACACUUUAAGGCAAUUUUGCUUCAUAAUACAAUUCAUACCAUCCUCACUGGUUAACAGAUCUUAGUACCUCUGAUGAAAACAAUACUCAGUGUAACAAAACUGUGUGUUGGUUAUGACAAGUGGCAAAGUGCAUCAUCUUCAAUAUUUCGUCAGACUAACAUUUUCCUCAUACCUUUUACAGUGAAGUAAUUUAUCUAUGUAAUAUUUAUGUAUCAAUUACCAUUUGUGUAUCAUUACAUUUUGUGUGUUUCUCAUGCAACAUUUAAGCACUAAAUCAAAAAGUACAAGCCACCUUUAUAUAUGCAUAAUGCAUACACUGCUAAUCAUUUAAUAACAUUUGAGUAUUUAUUUAUUUUAUAAUAAUGUGUCUGGUUGUCAUCACCAAUAAAUAUCUAAUAUUCCUAAAAA